AUGCUACCAUACACCAUCUACAUCAUUGCCAAAACGGAUUUGAUCAAGUACAUGCUAACAAGACCAAUGCUGAGAGGCAGAAUUGGAAAAUGGACUCUGGCCUUGACAGAAUUUGCCUUCAGAUAUGUUCCCCAGAAAGCUGUCAAGGGACAAACUGUGGCAAACUUCCUAGCAGACCAUCCGGGUGAAGAAAUUGAAAACAUGGAUUCCUUGGAUAUAGCAAAUGCAGAUCUAUUGAAAAGAGCUCAUACCUGCUUGAACAAUCCUAUCUAUUCAGUACACCUUACACCUUGGAAGCUAUACUUUGAUGGAUCAAAGACUGAUAUAGCUUCUGGGGCAGGAAUUGUUUUGGAAGAACCACUUGGAAUCAGACACUGUUAUUCUUUCCAAUUGGAUUUCCAGUGCACCAACAACAGGGCAGAAUAUGAGGCUCUAAUCAUUGGCCUAGAAAUGCUGGUAGAAUUAGGAAUCCAGUUUGUUGAAAUUUUGGGAGAUUCUAUGCUUGUGCUAAAACAAAUUGUUGGGGAAUACAAGUGCCUAAGUCCCUCUCUAGCCGUCUACUUAGUGGCAACUAGGAAUCUUCUAACAGAAUUCAGAGAAGCUACUUGGGAGCAUAUCCCAAGGGAAGAAAACUUUGCAGCCAAUGAAUUGGCUCAGGUAGCAAUAGGCAUACAAAUGCCUGAAGAUUGUGUGCAAAGAAUCAUCAAGGUAGGGAAGAAAAGCCUACCAUCUGUUCUGACUAGAGGGAUGGAGAUAGAUGUCAAUUCUGCCAUGAUCACUGAAGAUGAUUGGAGAAAUCCUGUCAUGACUUACUUACAAUAUCCAACUCUGUCCUCUGAAAAGAGAGUCAGAAUCAUGGCUAUGAACUACCUUAUGUGGAAUGAAGAUUUGGUCCGAAAAAACAAGGAUGAGAUACUAUUAAGGUGCCUCGGAAAGAAAGAAUACAUGAAAGUCAUGGGGGAAACUCAUGAAGGAAUAUGUGGAGCUCAUCAAGGAGGAAGGAAAAUGUGCUGGUUAAUUAGAAGGUAUGGCUACUUCUGGCCAACCAUGAUGAAAGAUUGCAUUGACUAUUCCAAGGGGUGUGAGUCUUGUCAAAGGCAUGGCCCAAUCCAGCAGGCUCCUUUAGUUCCCAUGAAUCCAGUGGUAAAGUCAUGA